AAAAGUUUACCAAGGAUUUAUUAUAACCAAAGACAACACAAAUUAACUAAACAUAAAGUAUCCACAAGACAAAUGAAGGCAGGGCAGCAGUUCCCCCCACCAAAUGCUGUUGGCGGUCAGCAGGCAGCUCUGGGCCUUUAACGCUUUAGAGCAGGUGAAGCCGAUUUGUGACUCUACCUGUGCAGCACUGAGGAAGGGGAAAAACACACACAACCAACAUACAGCCGUAACAUAAUAUACAGCGUCAGAUUUAUGUCUAUCACGUUUCAAUUGUGUAAUCAAAAUUUAGUAUCUAGUCAUUAUCAAGAGUAGGACAUACAUUGGAACAUUAAACAUUUCAAAUAUUUGUAAACCAUCAAAGUUUUUUCUCAGUACUGUAAUUCUCAAAAAUUGUACAUAGAAGUAGGCAUACUUUAAUAUCAAUAUAGAUCUACCCUACUGUGUAUAUAUCAGUAUAGAGCCACUGAACUUCACUAAUUUGUCACCAGAGGUCAGUAUUGCUUAAAAAUUGAUGGAAAAUUGUUAGGUUGAAUUUAUAUUAAAUUAGAACAGAUUCUGAAACAUUUUUAUAUUUUUAUGGGUAAAACAAAUUUUAUUUUAUUGAUUUCCAUCAAAGUCCUACAUAAUCUUGUGUCUGUGCUCAGUGUCAGUGUCUUGUUUUUUAUCCCCUGAAAUUAAAUCUUGCACCAUUAUCCAGAAAUUGGCCAAAUUAUGGUGUGUUGCUUUGGUAUGAUUACCCAAAAGGAGGAUUUUAUAGUGUAUGAUCAACAUCAGGAUUUGAAAGUCAGCCUUAGCUGUUAUAAAACUGAUUGUUUUUGUUAUAGCUGGUGCUGGUUAAUGUCUGUUACGUGAACCUGAAACUGGCCAGCAACAGGGCUGUUAGUCUGACCUUUGACCCAUGAACAACCUAAGGAGGAAACAAUGCUAUGCAAUACAUCAUUACAAUUACAUGACCAAAUAGAUGUUAAUCUGUAUUUCAGCUGGCCAAUAUCGCGAAUGACAAUAAUCCUCAAACUAAUGUAUUGAUAUAAAGCCAGUUAAUCACUGUUAAUAGCUGCCAGAGUGAUGUAGGUCAGCAGGAGAUCCUUAAGAAACUUCAUCACCCACAAUGCAACCACGCCCCUUCAGCUUCGUCUCUACAGAGUCUAGUAUCCUCCCUCUUCGCCCUGCACGCUGAUCUGCGCUCACGUGAUGGAGGUGAGUGCGCAGUAACCCUGCCUUCCCUGACCGUCCGUAUGUUCUGUAGAUCAGCGACAGAGGAAGCACUUGUCGAUACGUACGCGGACUGCACCCCGGUGUAUUUGGAUGUGAUCAGCCCAGCAGACUGUCAACGCGGUGGCCCGGAAUGUCACAGCCUCUUUGGAGAUAAAAACAAAAAAAAAAUCCAUUUUGAGUAAGAUGAAGCUCCGGACAGCUGGCUGAGCCGCGCGGACUGGGACUCCUAGGAGCUUUUGUGUUCAUUUGUGGGCGAAUGACCUGGAUGGACCCCCCCCGUUUUACUCUGAUGGAACCACACGCCCAAGCAAGCGUCGAUGUCGGUGGAUGUUGCUACCUUCAGGGUCCAGGUUGGGUUACAGUAAACGCCAAAUGUUCACGUAUUUGAAUAAAAGCUGCAAGAGCCGGAAGACGCACGCAAAGACGGGAAAUCCUGCGAUAUCACUCGCGUAGAAUAAAAACUGUUAAUUCUAUUAUUGUUAUUACAUCAAUAUUAUUUUUAAGACGGAGUGUCAAUCUAUCGAUAAGGAAGUCAUCGCCUUAUUCUGGCGUAUUCUCUCAGAUCAGAGCUUCUCUAAUGCUGCACAGCCUCCAUGCAAACCUUCGCUGACAAUAUUUUCCACCUUGUUGCCGCCGUGUGAUGAAGUCGUGGACUUAAAAAACACAGAGCUCACUGCAAGAGUAGGUUAUUAUUAUUGUACUGUCGAGGCAGUGGGAUAAUGAGACAUGCUGGCAUCCCUUUAAUGUCUCCAGCGAAGAAGAGUUUCUUUUGUAACCAAGGGCUCGUCACCAUCACAAAUGUAGCCCAGCGGAGGCGACUGAAGCAGGCCGCUGCACAGAGACGGGGGCGGGUUUGUUGUGCUGGGAGACUCGGCUGCUGGAUGCUGAACACGGUGUCACUUUCCUGCUCUCUGCUCAAUACCUGCCGUGAAGGCGUCGGCGUCUGCCUUUAGAUUCCUCCAAAUGGAUAGAGCUUUUCUACUAGAGGCCAUUCAGAGAUGUUGAACCAUGCAUGUAGGAUUUAGCCUGGGCAUACUUAUGGGGAUGUAGGGCGAAAAUCUAGCGGGUAUUUCCAAACGCACACACACUACCACAGAGGAGAGAGAUCAGCCCGUGUUCAUGGAGAUGGCAGACGGGGGAGGUGCACGUACACUGGGCCAGAUGAGAAAUAAUGAGGACCCCUGCUUAGAGGAUUUCAAACACAGACUGUGGUUUUUAUUGGCAGAUUAAACAGUCCAUAUUCUACUCUCAAACUAAUCCGUUGUGGCUUUACUGUUAGGCCUACAUCUGAGUGGCUCUGUACCCUCAGAGUGAGGGCACUAUUCCUGAAUGGGCUGAUAUGCAUUUAUCAGGGCGAGUUACCAAAACUAUGAGCCAAAUUAUAUUUUUGUUUGGACUGGAUGAACUGCACUUGAUUGAACAGCAAUGUAUGAAAUUUAGAGAUAAGUAAGAGUACAUUUCAUGCUGAAGACAUCUCUCGAUAUCUUUUUAUCAGACUUGCUGCUUCUGAGGCGAACUCUGGCAGCUUUCUAAAAGAAACACUUUUGGAAACGAUUACUUCGGUUUUGGGGGGAGGGGGUACACUCAUGCAUCUAUUUGACCUGCUGAUCGUUGUCCCCGUGUGAACCUGCCUUUGGGAAUACAUGUUACAUACACACUGUGCAGCCACAGCACCGCAGCAACUGGUGACAGGAUUUGGCACAGUUUCAAUCACAGGAUGUGGUGAUGGGGGAGAGCAGUCACAGCCUCCUUUGAUCCCCCCACCCACCCCUCCACUGGUGGUCGAGGACACCUCGUCUCUUUAGAUGGGCCCUGUAUGGAUUUUGUGCUUGAGUUGACAGAGGGCAGGCCUACAGAGUCUAACAGCAGUCAGGCUGCCAUGAACCCAUACGGCAGAGCGAGCAGCACAGCGGCCCCCCUGUCCUGCACCAGCUGUGGGGGCUGCUGCUCCCCGCCUCCCCCUUGUCUAAUCCCACCAGGGCCUCCUCCUUCUUCUACCUCCUCCUCCUCCAUCCCCCUAAAUAUGACCCCUCCACCACCAAUGUUUCCGGCUCCAGUGGUGCAAGUAGAGAAUGGCAGCAGCUGGAACUCCUCCACCAUGUCCUCUUCGGACUCCCCGGACUCCCACCCGGGCCACCGAUGUGGGGGCAACAACCCCAACCCCUACUGGACAGCGGUGUUUGACUAUGAGGCCACAGCAGAUGAGGAGUUAACCCUGCGGCGUGGGGACCUUCUGGAGGUCCUCUCCAAAGACUCUAAAGUGUCUGGGGAUGAGGGUUGGUGGACCGGCAAGAUCCAGGACAAGGUGGGUAUCUUUCCAAGCAACUAUGUCACAAGGGGAGACUCUGCCAAUUACCAGCAGCUGACCUCAGGAGGACUAGUGGCAGGUGGAGUGGGUGAUUGUCCCUUGGAGGUGGACUUCUCAGAACUGCUCCUGGAGGAGGUGAUUGGAGCUGGUGGGUUUGGGAAAGUGUACAAAGGAAUAUGGCGAGGAGAGGAAGUCGCAGUAAAGGCCGCCAGGCAAGACCCCGAUGAGGAUAUCAGUGUCACAGCUGAGAGCGUGCGACAGGAGGCCCGACUGUUCUGGAUGCUCCGGCACCCCAACAUCAUCGCUCUGCGUGGGGUCUGCCUGCGGGAGCCCAACCUGUGCUUGGUGAUGGAAUAUGCCAGAGGAGGGGCUCUGAACCGGGCACUUGCUGGAAAGAAGGUUCCUCCACGGGUUCUGGUGAACUGGGCGGUCCAGAUCGCCACGGGAAUGGAUUACCUGCACAACCAGGCCUUUGUACCCAUCAUCCACAGAGACCUCAAGUCCAGCAACAGUAAGUAGUGCAAACUUGAGCUACCUUUUCUUUGUGUAAAUGAGCAGCAAUUUUCUGUUCUAGUUUUGUGUAAAUGUAGAGCAAAGAUAAAACUGAAGAGCUGAACUGUAACUGUAGAGCCUGUCUGAAUGGUUGAUCAAUACAGAAGUGCACUGGUCGUACAACUGGACCCAUUUUGUGUGUAAUUCAGUGUAGGGCUGCACAGUUAAUCACAAAUCUACAUGCACACUAAGAAAUCUUAAUUUAUUGUAACCUCAGAUUACUUGGUGAUAAUCUUGUGAAACUACUUUUGGAGUUGUCCUAGUUUAAGGAGAAAUCACAGAUAAUGUGAAGAAGAGCAGAUAGAUAUAUAAAAUGAGCUAUUUUAUUAGAUGUGCCUUCUUAAGUAUUUAUUUACCACACUGCAUGGUGAUACCCUAACAUCUAACACUGUCAUCACACAUGGCAUUUUUUUGCGUACUGUGUAGGCUUGGUGUCAGAUUCGCUGUUAAAAGGCUGAAUGUGUGGUGAAAACAAGGGAUUUGUUUUCUCAGAGAACACCAGACAGAAGUAAAAAACUAUGAGAAAGACAAUAGUUUAGUUUUGUUUAUAUAUUAACCUAAAAACAGCACUACAUUCAUGUGGUUUAAUUUCCUGAACCUUUUUUCAAAUCACAAUACAAAUGGCAGAAAGAAAGCAGAGUAGCCUAAUGUCAGUUUUUUUCAGAUCUCAUGUAAGUUUAAUUCAGAGAAAAGGAGCAAAACUCAAAAAUGAUCAUAGUUACAGCCAGAACUUACAGUAUCUAGUAUUGUGGGGUUAUUACCAAUGUCCAGUUAAGGAAGGUUUUUUAGAAAUGGGCAAAAUUUCUACUCCAUGAAACGGAAAUCCAACUCCUUUUCACUGGCACAUCUGAAAUGAGGAAAAUGUUUAGAAAGAAAGUUAAAAUGAUGAAACACAUGGGAUCACAGAAUCAGGAACAGGAAAACAAUGUCAAAUCAGUUUGGAGAGUGCGGCUAACAUUAGCAUGGCUAGCACCACCACUACCUUCUACUCUGGCCCAGUUUUCCAGUCUUACAUAAAACUUAAUCUACAUUUUCUACAACAAAAUACUGCGAAACUGCGCUGAAAAUGCUAUCUGUCAUCUUUGUUUGUUUGUGACAGGGUCAUAGAACAUUAGAGCAAUAUAGCAUGAUGAUUGUUGUCGUUAACUGUUGAUAUUGAAUAGCCUCAGUCUGUAGCUGGUGACUGUGCUAGAGCUUGGAUAUGACAAAUGACCAGCAUUUCAGAUCUGGAAUAAUGAAAAUACUGAUUAGUUAAACAUACUUUUAAUUCUGGUGCAGACUAGCUAGGACCAGGAGCCAAUCCUGCAGUGCAACAAGGACUUUGGUACAUUAGGCGCCCAUGCACCAAUCAAGCCAAAUAGGAGACCCCAAGAAUGACUAAUCCUUAGGGACUAAACCUGCACAACCCUUAGUUUUUGUCAGCCUUAUUUUGUUUUAGGUCUGAGAGUCAAGUUGAUAAGUUAAAUAACUUUAAUUUCUUGGGCUUUCUACCAUGUAUUGUGAACUUUAUGAGGUGGCAUUUUCUCCUUGUUCCUAGAGAUGAUUCAGCUUUAAUUGUAUGGUCCUUUUAUACAAAAAAAUGUAGUUCAAAGUGCCACAUAGAGGCUAAAAACAACAAUUAGACAACAAUAAAACCCGACCCUCCCACCCACACAUACACACACACAAACGCACACAAAGUGAGAAUUUUAGACAUAUUGUUAAAGAGACAUGACCUGACACCGAGAUAUUACGUGAGGAAAGAGCUACCUUUGGGAAAUACUGGAGAUAAAGACAAAAAUGGUCAAAAGAAAGACUAAAACCUGACUAAAACAAGAAAAUAACAUUAAAGUACGAGCUCUUUACUAUGGGAAGUAAAAACCUCUAUGACAGGAAUUAAGAAAAAGACUAAGAACAGAGAUAAUUAAUAAAAUGACAUAAAAUAAACAUUAAGAACUUAAAUUAAAAUGAACAUUUGCAAUAAGAGAAAUAUGAAAAGUCAAUCAGUGAAAAACCUGGUUAAAAAGAUGAGUCUUGAGCCUCUUCUUAAAAAAAAAGAAAAGAUCCAGUUUAUUUUCAUGUCAUUAUCACCUCAAUCUGGCAAGUGAUGUGAGACUGGAGAUCCUUAUGUAUCCUCAGUUACUCGGUGAGGAUGGAUGAAGUUAAACAUCAGGUACAUACUGUAGGCUCUGUGAGAAAAGAAAGAGAGAAGAACAUUUAAUACAGACAGAGAACAUUACUAACAGGAUUUGGGGUUAUUUUUUGAAGCAGUUGUGACAAAGGAAAACAAAUAGUCAUGAUGGCAGGAUUAAUGACAAGCUGUUGACCUGGACAGCAGCUUGAGCUGGGUACUGCUAACAAAAGACAGCUGACUAUAAUUUUUAGGGAGAGUGUAUUUGGUGAAUCACACAGAUGAUAUUGACACAAGGUGGGAAUAAUAGCCUCAUGUUAUCACUACAUGUUGCCUGUAGUAACAGCAGUAUAAGGUUUAUGCUGUCACACAUAGCCAAAACAAAACAAAUUAAAGUCUUAUGGACCAUUAGACGAUUAUUUUGAACAAUAUAUGUCAAUAUUUUCUCACUGACACAUAAGAAGAUAAACACCACUGGCAUGCACAUGCUCUACAGAUGAGACUUGAUUCCAAAGUUAGCUUAGCUCAGCGCAAAAUAGAGAUGCAAAUGGUGCAAAAACUGGACUAUAUGAGAACGUUUUGUGUGCGUUAGAAAUUUGGUCUAAUGUUUCAGUCAGCUUUAGAUGUGAGAGUAAAAAUAUGUCUGAUCCUUAUGGAGAGAGUCAUGCGAAGUCUUGUGAUUCAUCUUUUUCUUCUAGGGUUAACUCGCUUAGGCUGAGGCUUCGUUUCCAUGGUGCAGAAAUUCAGUCUUAGUUCUUUUAUGUUUUCAUUUCAAAAGGUAAAGUCUGCAAAAAUCAGCAAAAUCAAUGAUUUUAUGGUCAAUUUAAAAAUAAAAAAAGGUGAGCAAUAUCGUCUACUUGUAACAAACAUGAUAGUUAAACUCCUGUUAAAGAGCCUGUUGCAGAAUGAAUCAGCAUUGAUUAAUUGCCCCACUUCUGCUAUUGACCUGUCUGUAGUUCAGACCCACGUUUGAGGUCAAAUCUAUUAGAUCCUCCAGUUGACCCUUGUGAAAUGGACUGGCACCAACAAGUGAACAUUACACAUAAUCAUAAUAAUUUCAUGACAUUAUAGAAAUGGUAUUAUCAAGCAUUGUUUCUGAAUAUCUUUACACGUACUGUAGGUUUUAUCGGAGCUGACACUGGAUGUGAAACUUAAACUGAACCCAGUAGGGUGGCUCAAGUCCUGGGGAGCUGGUCUACUUCUGCCAUCUUUUCCCUGUCAUCCCUCUCUGCACCUCCUCCUGUUCUCCCUACUCCUCCUCCUCCUCCUCCUCCUCUUUCCUCCCCUCCUCAAGGAGAGCAGUUCUGCUCUGCAACUCACUGUGCUAUUUUUGGGUCUUUGUGCUACUUGCUGUUUAAAGACGCAGUUGCAGUUGUUGGUGCAUCAAAGACAUAACACACGCAGCGAGCAUCUAAGUGCAUUUUUCGCGAGUGUGUGUGUGAGUGUACUGUUUACGUGCAGGUUGGACUGUGUGUGUUUAUCCUAAGUGACAUGAGUGAUGGGGGAGGGAGUGCACAAAUAUGGGUGGAGUGUGCAGGAUGCUGACUAAAGGCCUUUUAGUCUAGCUUUGACACAGUCACUGCUGAUCUCCAGAAUAUUUCCUAAUCUUCAAUCCCUCUCCUCUUCUCAGCUUUCUCACUUUUGUAAAUCAUGUUUCACUCAUUAAUACAUGCACCCAGUCCCCCCCCUCUGUCCUCCUCCCUUGUGUGAUUUCUAAUAGACGAUGAGGGCUCAGACGUGUAUUGGACAGCAGAGCCCUGGCAACAGCACCAUAACGUUGCCUUUCCAUGGUGACAUGGGCCCUGCUUCCGUGUCACUGAGUCAUACAGCUGCUAGCUGCUGUCAGCUGCUGCGCAAAAUGUCAGUCCCCUAAUUUGGAGUAUUGUCUGUGAGAAAAUAGCUACAUAAGACAUGCAAGAAUGUCUUUGUUUUCUCCCUGAUUGACGAAUCUUGCUGAAAAUGUGUGGGUGCUCAGCGUAGUUAAGUAUGUGAUUAGACUGACUCAGACCGUUACUGAGGGGUGUUUGCGUUAGCUCAGCUAUGCCCAAAAGGGCUGGAGGACAGAGGGGGUGAGACAAGAAACUGGGAGAAUAUAAUGGCUGGAAAAUUAUCGAGAUAUUUUUAUUAAAAGGAGAAAGAAAAACAUCUUGUCAAGCAAAGUCUUGUACAAGCACUCAGUGAGCAGAACGACCUGUUUCAGGAUCAUAUAUGUGUGUGCACCAGUACAAUAGCUUUACCCCUAAAAGUGCAGCUGGCAGCAGUGUUGAGAAACAUAGUAUGGAUCCCUGCAGCUUUCCUGAGAACCUUUGUUUCAAACAAUUUCACACUCAAUAUUUCAGACCCUUGGAUCUUAAGCGAUUCACUUGCAAGGUGUAAAGACGAGUGGAUGAUCAGUUUCCAAGAAAAACAAAGCACAGACCCAAGCUCUUUGCAUACUGCCUGUGUAAUAGUAUUUAUGUCUGUGAUAUCGCACCCUCAACAUGGAUGUCAACAUAGAGUUGUGAUGGUUGGAUGAGAGGGAGCAUGUAGGGCGGAAAAGUACUGUGUGUGUGAAAAUGCUGUAGAGGCAAAUAACAUUUUUUCAUUUGAACUUGUGAGAUAAAGAAAAAAUCCACUUUAGUCUGAUAAUUUACUGAGCCAAAUAUAAAGUUUGCUGUGGUAAUGUUGUCAUGCCAUGAUUUGAUAAUUUGUUUGAAAAAAAAAUGCCGUGAUAGUGCAACAUUUUGCAAAGGUAGCUGAUCUCAUCACCAUCGUCAUCUUUGAUUACAUCAAGACUCACUUUAUGUGUAAAUUAAGAAAAAGUAAAGCAUGUUUUGGACAUUUGAGGAAACCUAAAUUCAAGAAUCCAGGUCAAAAUAAGUGUAUUUUAAAAACUGAUCCAGAGCUGCUCUGGGGCACAUUUGGACAGGUAGCAUUAUUUGACAGAACACCGACCAACAAGAUUGAAAUGAAAAAGGCGUGGAUGUGUUGAUCCCUUUAGUUUUGAAGCCAGAUUCUUCAUUUUUACAGAUUAUACUGCUAGGAUACUCAAUAUAUAAUGAUAAAGAAUCUAUAUGACGUCAAUACUUUUAUGCAAAGUACAAGUACUUAUAUUUUGUUCUAAGGUACAGUACUAAGUUACUUGACUGCUGCUGGAAUAAAGGGGGGAACAGAUCAGAGAGAGAGGGGAUACAUGAAGUGACUGAUGGGAAACUGAGGUAGGGAGAGCGUGGGGGAUAAACAACGGUUCAUCUCCGUUUAGGGUUACACCUCAGCUCAUUGUCCAGGUGCGCUGGUCUCAGGUGUCCUCUUUAAAACCGCCGACCAUUUGGCAUCAGCGCGGUUACAGAGCAGCUCAGGCCCCCGAGCCUCUCCUCUGUCUCCCAUCAUCAGCUGGCUUCUUCUGGGCUCGGUAAACAUAUUCUCACUCUCCCGCAGAAGAAUUCAUCAAGACAAAAAAAAAACGUGACACUGCUUUGAGAGACAGUGUGUGUUUGAAGCUUCAUGAACCUUUUACAACACAGGCAGUUUAUUUUUGUCUCACUUUGAUGCUUUUAUCUAAUUUUAUCUCAGCCAAGUUAAAGUUUUAAGACGUGUAUUUCUGUGUUUUAACCUGCUGUGUGUUACUCUUAGUCAGGCUCACAGUGUUGAGUUAGUCUCUGUAAAAGGGAUAAUCUGAUUACCAUGACCUCCUUAGAGUGAUGUCAUGGCUUGUUUGUGGGUUGGCAGGUCAAUGCUCCCUGUGGUAAUGUCUUACCUGUCACCCUGAUCCUGGAUCAGCCUCUUGUGUCCCACAGCAUAGGGCACCGGUCCUUGUUGAUUGGCUCGACUGACACGCAGGAUUAAAACAGAAACAAUGAAAAGACUGAGAGUGCUUUAGAUACACAGAGUUGAUGCAAUAUCAGAACUUUUUUAAUGGUGACUAUUUUGACUAUCUUCUCAUUUUGGCACCAUAUGUUAUUUUUCUUAAAUGUUGCAUAACAGUGAAUUUAGCCAGUUUUAUGAGCAGUAGUUUGGUGUAAUUAACAAAUGAAUGCUAACAUAUUGUCUUUUGAAUAUUUCCUUAAAAUUAAAAAUUUCUUUAAAAACAAAUAAGGCAUCAUCAUCAGCAUGCCAGAGAAUCCAAUUUUAUAAUGUAAAUUUGAUAAAUUGUUAAAUUUAGGGGUUAAAGAUGGAUGGAAAUAGUAAUCCUCAAAUUGUCUUUCAGAUUACAUCAGUGCAAAGAUUUGAUUGCUGUUCAUUUUUUCCCAAACAGACCAUUUUUUUCUGUGUGACUUAAACCAUGAGGUUAAAGGUAUCACAACCUAGAUUUAUGUAGUAAAAUGUUUAAUUAAAUUCAGUAUUGUUCUCUCGUUUGUUAUUAUAUUGUUUCUUGUCUCGGUAUUACAUUUUCAUAUUUCAUUAAGUGCAAACAACAACAACAUCAGGAAACCUCACUUGCUGAUGUAGCUGAUUGAUAUCUGGUGAAGGUUGUGUGACCAGAUCUCUUGUUACUCGUGUUUUUUCUUGGGUCUUUAUAAUGCGCUGUAGUUUAUACACUUUUACCAUGAAGUAUAUGAGAUGUGACUUGAUAACCAUACUUAAUAUGUGUGAUAUGAAUUUUUUAGCAGCUGCAGAUUUCCAGGUGAAUCCAAGUCGAAGUCUCUCACUCUACACAAAUGAGAAAAACUACUUGUUCACUUUAUAUUCAUAUUGGCAAAAACACAUAUUAAGUAUAACAGUGGCUGUGUGUGAUAGAAGUUCCAAAAUAAAUUGGCAAAGGUUAUUAAUGAGUUGUUUUUGUCAGGAUAUGAGACUGAGUCAGGGCUCCUCUCAGAAAGCCACUGACACCUUACGCGGAGCUCCAUAGGAGUGAUGAGUCAGCUGCCAAAUAGGCAGGGCAGGUGAGCCGAUCACCUGAUGCCACCUGCAGCAGGACUCAUGCUAGGGUUGUGUCUAUAUCAGUAGUCGGCUCUCAUAUAAAUGCCAUAUAGACAAAUUAUGUCCCACUGUAAAUAUUUGUAUACAUAUAGCUAAUGUUUGUCCUCCCUUUGAACAGCUGUUACAUAAGAUGCCUCCACCUUAAUUCAACACAUUGAUCAUAACCUAUAUGUAUAUGUUUGUUAGUGGUCCUCGGUUCAGCCUUUUUAAUGUUUAAAUGUGCGUGAGGUAUAUAUGCAGAGGCUGAGGCACCAACAGGAAAGAAAGACAGAUAUUGGCAGACUUUACCUGCUGUUUUUACUGCAGUAGCUUCAAAUGGACGCCAUGUUUACACAGUAAACAAUCAUGUAAAUGGUGUCUCCAGACAGGCCUGUCAGUUGUGCUGUUUGCUCUUAUGUUAAAGAGUAAAUGUCAGUUUCGUUUGAUUCUUUCGGCUUCUCUUUUGAUUUGUUUUUAACUUGAGCGGCAGUACUCCCACCGAGUGCAGUAAUACCAAGCAAGGUGUGAUUGGCAAAUAUAGUCGUGGUGAUUGAAAAGUCUGCGUGCGGCCCUGUGUGUAUGUGUGGGUCUGUGUGUGUUUGAGAAUAUGAGAGUGAGUCUGUUGAGGAAAGGAUUAGAGUGGUGGCCAGUGCCUGCUACUAAUCCCUCAGAGAGACAGAGCUGCGGAGGCCGAGACUGUGACCAACCGGACUGUGAGUGAGCAGUAUGAUGAGGGCACAAAACAAAGAAAAAAAAAAAAAGGACAAUCACAACUUUUUAAAGGUUAAGGAGUUUGAGUUUUCAUAGUCUCAGAUUUAAAGAAUGACAUUUACAUUUCUAUGUGUAUUAAUGUAGGUAAAGGUUUGUGGCUUAUUGGUGUGUUGGUGGUAGAAACAUGUUUUACGUUGCAUGAAAUUGUUUUUGUUACCAGACCACACUUAUGCAAAAGCACAGCCAGGAAAUGAUGUUUCAAUGAAAGAGACCCUGUGCUAAUGUUUCAUCAUGCAACUGAAAUUUGCCUGGUUGUUAUGAAUAAAGACUUAGAUGUAACAUAGGUAGUGUACAAUAUAACUUACUGUUCAAUACAACUGUUAAUUAGUGACCUGUAGGGCUGCAAAUUUCAAAGUUGGAAACUUUCCAUGGAAAUUAACGGGAAUGUAUGGGAAUAAAUUUACAAAAUUGAAGGUUGUCCCGCAACAGGGAACUUAAAUAUAGAUGGGGAAAAUAUAUUGUAGCAUAUUGUAGAUGAUUUCUUGAACCCUGGAGACCACACUUUUGAGCCCAAAGCACAAGACAUUUGAGCCCAUAGACUAUAUAAAGUCAAGUAAGUUUUGAUAAUAUUAUGGGGUUAAUAUAUAUGUGAUCUAUAAUAGUAUUAAUAUUUAACUUGCAAAAAUUAAAUAAAAAUAGGUGCUAAAUGUAAGCUAUUGACUAUUUAAGGGGCUAGCUUAAAUUGGGGGCUGGUGGUAGCUACCUCAAAUGUGAUGCUGUUUCUCUUGACUCCUGCAAGACAGUUUUCUGCAACCAUACAAUAAUUUAUACAUCAAUUGGCAAAUAUUUUGAAGACCAUUCCGACUGUUUUGCCAACUAUACUUCUGUUCAUGCCAUUGCAUCACUGUUUUUACAUGCUUUUUUGUUAUUCUAUUCUACAGAAAAACGCCACGUUUGUCAUCCGAUGUGUGGAAGCAUUUCACACAAGCUAAUGUUGAAGGAAAAAUAUUAACAUUUGAGUCUGGAUAUGAUACAGUUUGUUUAAAUUACCCCCAAUUUCCAGUUAAUUCCCAUAAAUUCCCAUAAUUCCCAUACUUUCCAUGGAAAUUUUCUGGAAAUUUACCGGACAUUUUCCACCCCUUUGCGACCCGGUUAAUUAAAGCUCAUGCAAGGAGUUUUUCAUGUGAACAGAGUCAACUAGAAUUUAAUUUGAUUCCUUAGUAUGAUAAACAAAAACCAGAGCUAGCACCACCAGCUUUCAUCCCUCCUUGAAGGUUAACAUCCACAUGCUUGUGCUGGAUGUAUUUCUCAUUAUUUAUCAGCCAUUUUAAUUAACCAGAAACAGCCGACUUCCAACGUUAUUUCCAUUUUCUGUAUUAAAAACAGCCAAAAAUAUGCCAUGUAAUGAGAUACCAUCAGUCAUCAGUGCUUAUUAAGAACAUUGAAGCAUAAAGUAGGAAAAUCAUUGAUCCAGACUCAUGCAGGUGGUCGGACAUUCAGGCUUGAUAUACCAGCAUUUCAAGCAUGCAAUAAUAAGACUACCAGUAUCUUGUUGAACUGGUUAUUCUGGUGCCAAUUAGUGAGGAUGGGGAUGCCGAUUGGUUAAGGCAAGUUAACAUGCACAUCUCUAGUUACUAGUAUUUAAACUUCAUAAACCCAAUCCUGAUACGACGCUAGAUAGCAGCAUUUUUACAGUUCUUGCACCCUAUCAUGCUACAUCUUUGAUCUUUCAUUCAAUUUAAGCCAUUUUCUGCAAGCAAAAGAAUAAAAUGACUUUCAAAAGUGACAGCAAUUCAGCGAAAGGCUGUGUUUUCAUUUCUGUAUUAUUGGACACGUCUGCAAGGUUGAUGUGAGUGCAGCAGCAUGCAGGCUUGUGUGUGCAUAGAGGUCGGACAGCAGGGCAUCCCAACACUAGGGCAGAGAACUCACCCUCCUACUAUCACACACAUGUACACACUGCAAUAGAGCAACAAUGACCCCAUUCUCACACAGCAGCCCAAGACAGAGGAGCAAGAGCAGGACUCACAAUGGCAGGAGUCACUGCAGGGAUGUGGGGGGGAAUGGAGUCGGAGGCAGUGAGGGGCGACUGUAGGCUGUGAAUGACAGUGUGUUCAGAUGGAUAGAGGCAAGGCAGGAUGGGUAAAGGAGCAGAGCAGGAAUGCUGUAGUAGAGGCUAUAGAGAAUCCCCUGGAGGCUCGGCUGGGAAAGGGAAUGGAGAGAUGGAUGGGGGGAGGGAGAGAUGGAGGCAAGAGAAGUAUAAGGGCAGUUUGUGAGGAGGUCAAACCAUUCUUCUCUCUCUCUCUCUCAGCGGACAGCUACAGAUUAAGGUCUUGUUGGACUGUAGGCUGCAGUUUUCAAUACAUCUCUGUAUGGCUGUACACCACAGGCAUGAAUAUAUUUAGUACAACUGAAGUUUGAGAUAAAUAUACAAAUCAUCAAUUAUCUGCAGUCAUAAAACACUAGAAGGGUUUCCUGUAGGUGUUAAUGUUGCAAUUAAAACAGCCUCAGAAGUAUUAUUUUUAAUCUUUGAUUCACAAAUAAAAUUAUGUUGUGACUUUUGGAUAUUUCGACAAUGAACAUUAGUCCAUUAUGAAUCCUCACAUAGCACCUUUAUCCGACUGAAAGCUUGAGCAGAAAGGAGGACAUUUAAAAAGCCAAGAAACGUAAUCAACCAUACAAUUGAAAAUUGUCUUUUAAUAAACAAACAUAAAUAAAAAAUGCAUUUAUUGGUCAAAAGUAUAGUAUGUAUAUUCAUGUUUCCCACUGGAAAGCUCUUGUGAUCACCUACCAAUCCUCCAGAACCACCAGAGGAUUAAAAACAGAUGAUUAUAAUAUCAUAUCUCAACAGAAAUUGCAUGGUUUAAAUUUAAAAUUAACACAUUCCCCUUAACCUGAAUCGUAAUGAUACUAUGGUUCUGCCAUCACUUAACAACUGAGACUACAGACAAUUGAAUUUCCAUUUGGGGAUAAAAUAAAGUUAUUCUUAUUCUUAUUAUUCGUAUUCAACUGUACAUUCACCAGGUCAGCAUUGUAAGACCUGAUACAGUCAGUACUAAAAAGUCUUCUCUCUGCGUUUGAUGCUAAUGAGCAAAUAUUAGCUUGUAGUCCUCCUUAACUGAGAUGGUAAACAUGAUGAACCUGCAAAACAUCAGCAUGUUAGCACAGUCACUGUCACCGUGUUAGUAUGCUUAUAUUUUGCUCGAGCUCUGGUGGUGUGACUGUGGACAGCUUGCAGUAUUUCGUGCUUCUCUGGGUGUGAUUAGCUUGUAUUUUUCUUACAUUGGCUUUAUCGGUUUAGACUAGACAUCUAAUGAUUUAGUAUCAGCACGCCAUUUCAGACAUCAGUGUGGGUAAAAAUGUGUGUCAGCUCCUACUAUCUCGUGAUCAAGGACCCAAUUUCAGACAGAUAAUGUGAUUCUGUCUGCUGCAACAGCGAGAAGAAAACCGCUGAGACUCUGAUUUCUCCUCUGAUGAUCAUGAUACACACUAAAAGUGGUGUGACUACAGUUUUUUCUUGGCAGUAGUGGAUUUAAGAUACAGGUUAAAAGUAACAUAUGUCUCUGGUAAAGACAAAGUCCUUCCAAUGGCACGUCACAAUCAACAGAUAGUUGGUUGUCAGAGGGACUUUGGACCGUGUUCAGGUCUUUGGCUCUGUGUGAACUCGGCCACAGUGUGAGCAGAUGUUUGAAUCACAUCGCUGAGCUUCAGCGAGAGACAGAGAGAGUUACCCAACUCAACCGAACGGUGACACAAGUCAAUGGCUGCAUGAUUACAAAUGAACUCACAUGCAUGCAUACACACGUCCAUUCACGCACACACACUGCAAUUGUUUUCUCCACUGGUCAAUAAAAAGUUGAAUCAAAGCCAGUUUACAGUAAUGACUGGCUGCUCCCUUUUUACUGCAUUGCAGCCCAGGCUCUCUGUGGACCUGCUAAACAUACUGACACACAUUUACACACUACGCUGCUCCAUGUUGUUGAGCAUAAUGAAAAGCUCUUGUUAAAAACAAACAGUAUAUGCAACUCCUCUGCAUGUAUACUUGUGUUUUGCGACUGCUGUUGAAAGGUCACGAAGGUUAAGUCACACUUUGUACCUGAAACUGCAUUUGUACUCAUAAUCACAAGCAGUCGGUUUCAUAAUUUGGCUGAAUUUUCCUGUUUCUACAAAAAGGGUUGGAUCUUGCAGCUUUUAGUGUUCUUCCAUCCAUUUCUGCAAAACCGGCCUGCAGACUGCUUAACUUUGCUCUGAGUCAGGAGACAGGCAAACAGUAGUGGAGUAAACACCACCGCUAAACGCCACGGGCUGUUCGUUUCCUCGUCAUCGCCUCAUAUUCACCUCAGCUCUUCAGUCAGUAGAAGCGUUUGAGAAGCAGCAGCACGAGAGGUUGCUUGAAAUUAAACUGAGAUGACAAAGAAGAGUACACAGAGGGCGAGCGCUCGGCGAGAGAACAGAAACAGCACAUUUAUGCUCCUUUUUAUUUGACUUUACAUGUCAGAUCUACAGAGGAAUAAUACGUUCAUUUAAAAGCACAGUGUGGCUCUGUGUGUCUGUGUGGGCAAGGAUUACAGUAGACAAGUGAUAACCACAGUUAAUGUCACACUUACAUUGACACCUCCUGGGCUGUUGUACGUUCAAUAACUGGCCUGUUAGAGGGUCAUUGUUGCUGGAUAGCAGCCUGGCACCGAGAGCAGGGAGUCAAGCCAAGCAGUGAGGGCGCUGGAUGUCCCACAAGCUGAAAGUCCUUCACCCACUUACGGAGUGGAGUCAACAAGAGGACACUUCAGCCAGACAGCAGACAGGCUGAUGCAUGUUCAGAGUCGAAGAACCCGGGGAGUCAAUGCCGGGAUGUUUUAUUCAACAUUUUUGUGCGCUGCAGCAGAGAUCACAUAUGUUAGCAUGUUGCUAUUGUGAAGACCACCUGACUGGAUUCCUGGAUGACCUGCUGAGAGCUCAGGUCUAUCUAUAACUCAUGACUGAUAAAUUAAUUAAAACAGAAAACACAGCUAUGUGUUACAACAAGCUUGGAAUAUUUGAGUAUCAUCUUUAUCAUUUCUGCAUCAUCUUUGUUACCUCAAGUCGCAUUUAUAUCAAAGUCCUUCUUAACUUCAGCAUCACCCUCAUUGUCUUUUACCAUCAACUCAUUAGACCAUUACACUCAUUAGCAUCAUCCUCAAAAUCUUUUUUUGCAUCUUAAUCAUAUUCAGCAUCAUACAUUCAGUAACAGUGUUGUCUUCAGAAUCAUCUUCAUCUCUUCAGCAUCAUUUUCAGGCAUCCACAGCAUUUUUCUGUUUUCCCUCAGCAUCAUCUUUUGCAUCAUGUUAGUCAUCCUCAGCAGUAUCUUCAUCAUCUUAAGCGUCAUCCUGAAUAUCUAUCAGCUUCUUCCUCAAAAUCUUUUUCGGCUUCUGCAUCAUUUUCAGUUUUGUUUUCAGUUUUAUCUUCAGCAUCAUCUUUAUGAUACCAGCAUAAUUUUUAGCAUCAUCUUUGCUACCGUCAGCAUCAUAUUCACAAUUGGACAGCAUCAUUUGUAUUUUGAUCUUAGAGAUCUUUAGUAUCAUCUUCAGCAGCAUUUUCAGUUUCAUUCUUUAUUUUAGCAUCAUCUUAGUUCCCUUUGCAUCCCUAUAACACAAGGCAUAGAUAUUUAGAUAUUUUAUUUCAGCUUUAUAUUCUACAGUUAGUUGAUUGUUUUAACACCUUUAUUUAACAUUUCCAUAUGAUCUGAGAGUCUUAAUUAUUUCUUUUUAGCUUUUAGCAUUCUCACACAUUUUCUGCAGUUUUUGUGACUGUGUAAGAAAUGUAUAAGGUUGACAUGACAGGACAUAAUGUUCUUCUGUCAAGGAUUUAAAAUGCUGAUAAUUUUGCAGGCAUGCAAGCUGAGAAAUAAUCAACAAAUAACCCUUAAGUGCUCUUUUGCCCUAAUGUUAAAUAUUAAAAAAAAUAUGUAUUUCAAUUUUGAUCUGAGGAGCAGAUUUGAUUUUCAUAGCUGAUAUAAACUGCUGCCCAAUAUCACUUUAAAUCUGUGCAAACAGAGGCUGUGUCCCAAAUGAAUCACUCAACCCCUAACCCCUAACCCCCAUAUGGGGUUUCACUAUAUAGCUGACUAUGUAGUGAGCUCAAUCACCGGAGGUUUCGGACACUACACUGUUGUGACAAGCAUGACGGGAUGCCCAUCACCGGUGAGGGACCAUUGGAUGAUCACUACAUUUUGCAAAGCUCUAUGGGAAAUUUUGAGUCACCUAUAUGGGGCAUUGGAAUUGAUCACUCAGGUUUCGGACACCCCUCAAAAUGGCGCUAACCUCCAUAUAGUCGCCUAUACAGGGGUUAGGGAUCCAUUUUGGACACAGUCAGAGUUCAGACUUAGGAAACCAUUAUUUCCAUGUCUGCUGUCAGCACCUCAUUAAAGCUCAUACUUCGACAUAAAUUCCCAGACUUUAGGUGCUCCCUUUUUCAUUUCACACAUCCACACACUCACACGGACUCUUCUCAAGAAGAGCUGAAAGAAAGCUGCCUCAUUUAAUACCUCAAUCUCUUCUGAGAGAGAGUCUGCCUGGUCACACGAAUCUGGCAGCUGCAUUUGUGUGCACACAAAGUGAAUGGCUGCGGGGUGAAACUGUGCCACUGUGCGGCUCAGGAUUAGAGACCCAAUGGCCUGUAGUGGUACACGUGGAGCCAAGCCAGGGUAUCAAUGACAUGGGAGCAGGCUCACUACAACCUCUGUGUAAAAGCAUGGGGGCACAGGGAAGAAACUCUGAUUUGCUGCAUGUCUGAUGAAAAUAAUCAAACUGUCGUACAAGCUAACUCUUACAUUUCUGAAUUGAGCGGUUUUGAUGCAGGGACAGCAUUUUUUCCAAGCUGUAAAUCUACUCCACAUGUCUGUUUUUGAUUUUCAUGCUGCAUUUGAACUAAACAGACUUAAAUUACAGGCAACGGCGAGAUUUGAAGUUUGUGUUUUCAUGUGCACAUCUUUGCAGGCGUGCUUUGGUGCUUGAAAUCUCUUGAGAGAUGAGAUGUGUGAAAGCCGAAGGAAAAUAGAGAGACCUAUUGAGAUACAAAGACAGCUGGUAUGUGCUGCCAGGAAAAAUGACAAAAGCUCUCCCUCCAGUCAUCUCUCUUUGCCUCUACAAGCGCGCAUCUUUUCAUCCUGUCAUUAUAGCCCCCUUUCUCGUGGCGCUUUUUCCCUUUUUUUUUUCUCCAUCUCUCUCUUUUUCUUGCCUCCCCUCACUCUCUCAUACUGGCCCUACCUCACUUCUCAGCUGCUUUUUCCCAAAUUUUCACUCACUCCUCUUGGCCUAAUUUCUGCAGCUCUUCCUCUCAUGUCAUUUUUUGUCCCCUUCUUGCCUCUUUCCUCCCUCUCUCGUUCCGUGUCUCCCCUCCCCCACCUCUCCUCAUCCCUAUAGACCACCACCCGCCUUGCCUCCUCAUCUUCUUACCCUCCCCACUCCUACCUCCUCCAACAAUAUGUACACACAAUCCACCUCUCAGUCACUUUUUUUUGACUCCAUCCAAUCUUUCUCUUCUUCCAUUUCUUCUCCCCAGUGCGUUGUAAUCACAGCCAGGCUGGCGACAGCUGAAACAGCAGACAGUCAGGGAGUGGGCUCUCGCAGAGGGAGGGAGUGAAGAGAUGCAAUGAGGGUAAAGGAGAGGAUACAGAGAUGAAGAGACAGUCAUAAGGGGCAGGGUUGGAGGGGGAGGCUGCUUUUUUUGUCUGCCAGGUUUUGAUCUUUACAGACGUGGAAACAGAGAUGGAGUCGGCGGGGCCUUCAAGGCGGGGGGCAGGCCUAGAUUUCAGCUGCAUUAACGCACUCGUCGCCAUGUCAGUCAAGUGGCUGGAUUUGUCUCCCUGACAUUCUUGAACUGAAACAGACAUCCGAGAUAUUCGCGGUGUUGUGUCUAAACACUAAGUAGCUCUGGGCAGAUGUGGGUAGUUGGAAGAGGGUGUUAUGAGUUGUGAAAAGUGGGAGGGCGGUAUCAGAAAUGCUGUCGAGGGUUUGUCGGUACAUAGAGUCUGGACUGCUGACUUGGCGAUGCAGCAACAGCUGUUCCACUCUGCCGGCUACACCUGUCUCUGCACAAGAGAGGAGGAUGAGGUGGAAAAAGAAAGUUAUGAUGAAGCAGAGUGAAAGAGGAACAAUAAAGGAGGAGCUUCGAAAGUUCUGUUUGGAAAGAUGUAGAAUUAAAAUUUAUAAAAUGAAGUUUAUUUUAAGUGGAAAUCGAGACGUGACAUUUGCAAACACUCUGAGACGCUUCAGUCCACUUUUUUAUGACUCAAACUUGAAUGGAUUUUAAAGGGAUAUUGCGGCGUAAAAUUAAGUCAGGGUCAAACACACCUAACACCGAGUUAGACACCCUGUUGAGAGAUGAAUUCUGCUGACCGCUUGCUUCUCCAGUUAUACCAACUUUAGUAAUGACUGCAGAUAGCAAUACAGAGAGCCACGCACUCAACCCAAACACUACUCUAUAGCCACAAAUAAUGCUCAGAACAGCACCUAACUUCAUCAACGGUACAUAUGGGGUCCCAGUCACAGUACUAGCCACCAAACAUCUUUUUAACUUUGCCUAAUUUCUUUAGCAAAGAGACUAAACACAACUCACCUACUCUCUUCCAGCAGCCGCUUGUUUGUACGAAGGGUCCAUCGACUGCAGCGGGGUGACGCAGCUCAAGGAAGAACAUUUAUGAUAAUUUUCAUGGAAAUACGAUCAGACCGAGACGCUAAGGCAGAAGAACUACAGCGUCUGCAGCGCAAAAUGACCCUAACUUAAUUUUACGCUGGAAUAUCCCUUUAAUGUAACGCCUAUCAAAAGAAACAAAAUGUGCAUUAAAUUAAACAUCUAGAAAACACACAUUUGACAUGACAUGGUGAACAUGUUUAAAUUUGUUCUUUACAUAAAAUUAGAACUUUAUGAACAAAAACUAAAAUAGUUUAGUCAAAAAUCUGUGUAUUAACCCUUUAAAAAUAAGCUUGACCCAGACAACAAAAAGAAAACAAAGCACCCUUACAUGGUCAUGGUACUUUUUUUUUUUCUCUAGUGCCCUCAGCUUCAUACUCUCACUUUGUGACCCCUGCUCUUGUUACCAAAACAACAAGUUAAUGACACAGCGGACUGAGCUGAUCCUUCACUAAAAUAACAGAAAAUUACUUUUAAACGGAGAAUAACAGGCCAAAGGAAGCCAUUACUACCUGUAAUUUAUUUAAUAGUUAUUACUAUAAUAGAAAUAAUUUAAACUAAGAGUAUCUGAACUUCAGAUCUGCAUCAGAUUUUCUCCCGGCCUUGUAUUGAAUCCUGAGACUGGGAGAUCAUGCUUAAAUACAAAGAGAUGAGAUAGAGAAGCAGAGCAGACUCGGACAGGUCGUUCCACCUGCAGCAUCCUGAUCAGCUGAUCAGACUGACUUAAUCUCUCAGCUGACUGCUGGGAAGACCACGCCCAAAACUCUGUCAGCUGAUUGGUCGCUUUCCAACUCACUGUUUAUUUAAGGCGAGGCAGCUUCGAGACAGACAACAAGAGUUUGGCUCCGUCGGUGUUUAGAUGGGGUGUUUUGUUGCUUUUUUGUAGUUUCAUUUGAAAGAAAAGAUUCACUGUUAAAUAAAGACAAAUCUAUUUUUUCAGUUUAAGUUUAUUAUUACUACAAUCAUCUCUUUGAAACUGCAUUAUUACAAUUUCUGAAUAUUUUCUGCGAUUGUUAUGUGUUUAUCUUUAAGCGCUGACCUAAUCUGACUGUUAGAGCUGCAGCUUUUCUACUUUGGGAUGUCGGGGAGUUUCCAGAUUAGAGCCACCACAUGCCAAACAUGUUGCGUGUCUUGUCGAAGGUGUUAUAAACUUGAAUGUUAUUGGCGCUCAGGAGUAAAAAAAGCAUCACUCAGGACCUUUGAUUGCAUUCCUGUGUGGUGACACGUCUGAUCGAGCUGUUUGCUAAUGUGUCACCUGCACUGACUAACCAGUCUGUGGAUCAUUAGCUGGUUCAAAGCCUGGCUGGUCACUCCUCUAUCGGUGUUUGAACACUGACUCAGUGGUAUUUCUAAACACUCAGCCGGGGUCAGAGUCCAAGGAUACAGACCCACUAAAGCAGUUUAAAGGUUGAAUCAACAUUUGAUCACACAGGGCUCAAAGAAAACUGCUGCUCUCUGUGGGCUGAAACUUUCACUCUCCGGCCAAUUAGCAGGUGUUUUUGACGGAUGAGUAAUGACACUCAGAUGAAACAAGAGUUUCUGAGUUGUGGCUCUAAUGGCUCCCCUGCAGUCCUCAAAGUCUACAGUCCAUGAGACUGGUUUACUGAUAGAUUGCCGGUCCUUAAUGGGUACACCUUCACAAAACAUUUCAGUCGGGAACAAUCUGAAAUAACCGGAGAAAUGGACUGACAUCUGACAACAGAGUACAAGCUAGAAAUACCCCAAAACAGUGUUGAUACUGACAAAUGGACCAAAUAAAUUAAAAACAAAAUUAAAGUGGUCCAUGAUACUGACUAGGGGUGGGAGGAAAAAUUGAUACAGCAUAGCAUCACGAUAUUUUGUCUGGUGAUAUAUCGUGUCUUCUCAUUUACCAAGUAGGGGAGACCGGGGCUUGUUGUCACAUGGGUUGUCACAAGUUGUCACAUUGCAGUUAUCUUUGCCACCAGAGGGCGCAACUAAAAAGUAGAAUACUAACUUUUUCUUUACAUUAGCUAAACAGAUGAAAAAAAAAAUGGAUGAAUCGCAAUAGAUUGUAUCGCAAUACUCACCAUAUUGCAAAAUGUCAAAAAUCGCAAUAUCAUAUCAUGGCCAAGUAUCGUGACAUUAUCAUGUCGUGGGGCCAUUGGUGAUUCCCACCCCUAAUACUGACAAAUACUCUGAAACUAAUGCUGUCUAAACUUCUGUAGUUCAUGCUAAUCUAUAAACCUGCUAACCCUGAGCAUUGUGACAUGACACCUCCAAACAUUUACCCCACCAUCAAAGCUGCGAAGAAUCAAAACCAAACUUUGACACAAACAUGAACAGCCUCACAGAACUGCGAGUGUGACUCUGAACCACAGAGUAAAAAAACAACUAUUCUACUCUAAUAAUAAUGAAGCUGUGUGAAUACGCCGGUGUAAAUUUUAUUAGGUGUUGCUAAUUUUGGAUUAAAUGUGUUAUUUUCUAAUUAAAUGUUGGUGUUGACUGAUUUAGCUGUAGCAGGAAUUUUGUUCGCACUGUCUCUGUCUGCCUUCUCACUGCUCUACAUUGAGGAAACUUUCCCUGUGGCACUUUUAUUGAAUCGUCUGAAAGCCACACAACUUAAGGAGAUAUUUUUCAUCUUUAGUCACUGCGCUGCAAUGCUUCUGACACCUCUGUUGAUAUUUGUGCACGGCGGCUCUCUUUAGGUCUCCGCCUGCGGCUGUAAACAAACAUAAUAAUCCAUUCGUUUCUUAUACGGAUGAUACGCCGGCUGUAGUGAAAACCUGAUGAAUGAAACAUGCGCAGGUGGUAUCUCAAAGCUGAGAAAGAUGCGAAAGAAACAUGAUAAUGAAUUUAUAAUUAAACCAGAGAGGAGAGGCAGAGUGGGAGCAGGUGGAAGUGUUGCUCAGCUCUCACAUGCUCGCCAUCCAGUUUGUCGUCAUUCUCUUCUUUUUCUGUCCUCUCUUGGUCUGCCCCGCCCUCCCCUCCUCUACCCCGCAGACCUGAUGUCCUUUUUCCCUGUAUGGAUGUGCUCCAUGGUCGUACGCAGAAACACAAAACAGGAGAGGCAGGAGAACACACCCAUUUCAGCAUGCAAACAUACCUCGUUCUCGUGUUCUGUCCACGUCUGUCUAAACUCGAGCGUUAGUUUUUCAGGGCAAACAGAGAGUGAGAGAGCCUCAGGGAGACAGCUGUCCUUCACACAGACGACAGAGUCAGAAUAGAAAAGUCACUUCUUCACUUAAGUAAUUCCAUCUAUGAUUAUUUAUAACUUAAACACAACAUUUAAAGGACAAUAUACCACUAAUAAUACAUCAAAACAGGUCAAAGUUGUUCCCAGUUGUACUGUGACACCAUAAUAUCUUUUUUUUGGCUUGAUCUCAUCUCAAUCAUGCGAAAUUUAACUUUCUGUUGACUUAACUCAUGACUCUAAUCCCAAAGGUUUAAGGUAUUUGUGACCAGAUUGCUCUACUUUUCUCUGCUAAGCAUGAGCCAUUAAAAAACACAUUACAGAGACAUUACUGUCCUCAAAUCCUCUGGUGCAGUUUCUCAUGUUUAAUGUUGGUCUCUGUUGUUCCUUGAUGUUGAGGCUGAUAUAUUCUUUUAAAAAUGUUCCAAAUUUAACAUCCGCUCCCCCUUGAGGCGAAGUUACAGUGUCUUAUGUUAAAAACACAUCUGGAUGUAAAAUACAUUUUGACUGGUUGGCAGAGAAAUACAUCUCCUGGGCAAUUCUGCCUCCAAAUGUAAAUUUACUCUAAAUUUCUUUGACAGCUGCAGUUUCUAGUAAUUUUGUACAAGAUGUUGCAUGAUGUAGAGAAUUCAGUUUUGUGGAGUAAACCCAAUGUUUCCCUAUAAACUAUGGCUGCAGUUCAUUAAUAGUUUGAUUGCAGAUAAGUUUUUAUUUAUUUAUUUUAUUUUUAAAAUCUUGUAUCAAAGACAGAAAAUUAGGUUAUAAGUAACGGACAGCUUUUCAGGGGAGUUUUAAGCUGGUUAUGCAGACAAAAAGCGACGUCAUUUUGCCCAUGUCAAUGUAUUGGUUGUCAAAAAAAAUGAAUAGAUAAAAGUUGUUUUUGGAUGUGUGUAGGUAGGCUAUGGUCUCAUGUCCCUUUAAGACGCUGUCUUAUGUCAGAGACGUGAAUCCAACCCAUCCAGUCUGUAACAAAAAGGAAAAGACAGGUGAGGAGAUGGAGGACGGUUCAAAAGUUGUAGCAACUGAAGUAGAUGAAGUUAAUCGAUUUGAGGCCAUAUCGCCCAGCCCUAAUUUAAUUUCUUUGUUAGUUAUGUUAGGACAGUAGAAACUGUGUUUUAAAUUAUUUGUCACUGGUAUUUUCUUGAUUACUUACGUACUUUCCACCUCCUUAUUAACUCACUUACCAAUCUUCUUAUUUACCUUCUUCUUUUAACUUUCUAACUUUCUGCCCUACCUGUUACUUAUUUACUUUUAGUAACUUACCCUCAUACUUACUUACUUACCUUCUAACUUACCUCCUUACUGAUUACUCACCUUCCUUCCUUCUUUCCUUCCUUCUUACAUACCCACCUUUCCUCUUACUUACAAACUUACUUACCUUCUAACUUACUUACCAGUUUCCUUCCUUCCUUACUUUCUGUCUUACUUAGAUACGUACUUAUUUCCUCUCUUCUUACUUUCUUACUUCCUUUCUUACCUGUGCAAUUUCCUCCUUACUUAUUAUCCUCCGUACUUACUCACCUUCUAUCCUCCUCACUCACUUACUUCUCACUUCUUAUUUACUUAUCUUCUUACUUUCAUGCAUACUUACUUUCUGUCUUUCGUUUUUUCUUACUUACUUAGUUACUUGGUUAGUCAGUUGGUUGGUCAGUCAGUCAGAAAACAUUACCCACACACGCACAGGACCAAAGGCACCAUUUUAUCCACAGGGGGUACCAGAACCAACACCACCACCCCAAAGUUUAUCACAAGAGUUUAACAGUAUCAAGCAUAUAUAUCUGAGCUUAAAUGCUUUAAAAUUGAACAUGCAUAUUAAUAAUCAACACUUUGUUUUUCCUGCCUUUCCAUAAGAAGAAAACAUAUCUCUAACUGUGGGAAUAUGUGCAGACUGGAUCAAUUCUUUAUCAGCGAAACUGGUCUCCCAGCAAACUUGUGGACAGGGCGGAAAACAGAAAGGCACACCUGUAUCACGUGAAAGGUUGUGUGUGUGUGUGUGUGUGUGUGUGUGUGUAAACAAAGACGCCGCUGUGUGUGCGUAGCCUCUCUCUCUCCCUCCACCUCUCUUUGCAUACGCCUGUAGAUAAGUGAGAGAGAGAGACAGUGAAGGCAACCUCCACCUGCCUGGGAACUGUGUACACUCCAAACAUUUCCAUAACCAGCUUAUACGCGGAAAUGGAGGAGGAAGUCAUACAGAGCGACGCAGAGCUGAUUUCAAACACUAACAUUUACAAGAAUACUGUGAAGAAGAGACUGUAGACAUGAACAGAGACAGUUUGACCCACAGGUCCCUCACAGCUGACCCCUGGACCAGAACUGAUAUAUUCGCCUUUAGCUGAAACCUGAACAACAAACUGCUCUGACCACACCUCUAAUGCAAACAUGACAGUGCUAUUGAACAUAAACACCUCUAACAUCCACUUCUUUAAUGUCGGCAUUCACAAAUCAGAAAAUUACAGGUGUGAUGUUCCCUCUUUUGCUCCUUUGUCAUGUUUUAACACCGAUCGUUGUCCCUGUUUUCCUCUUCAGUUCUCAUCCUGGAGCCUGUGGCGCGGGACGACUUGAGCGGUAAAACCUUGAAGAUCACAGACUUCGGUUUGGCCAGAGAGUGGCACCAGACCACAAAGAUGAGCGCGGCAGGGACGUACGCCUGGAUGGCCCCAGAGGUCAUCAAGCUCUCCCUCUUCUCCAAGAGCAGCGACGUGUGGAGGUACAGCACCUGUCUCUGAGUUUCAGAGCUCACAUAUGAUCACAGUCAUGAUAAAUUGGCCUGUAAGGGUCACUUAUAUCAGCUCGUCAUAGAAAAAUGAUCAUCUCCUUCAGUAUAGAGUACUAGGGGGAGGUAGAGCGUACAGUCUGAUCUCAUAUUAAGAGAGGCUUGUCACUUGAGCUCUCCUCCCUUGUCUUCUGUUGUCAUCUGUCCAUGCACUUUUCUCUAUAUGCUCUCUCUGAUUCUCAUCCCUCAUAAAAGUAAAGGAGAAGGGGGAGGUAGAGCGUCCAUAUCCUCUCUCUUUCAUCUCUCUAUCAUCAUCCUGCUUUAAGUUUUGUAGGCCUCUGAAACACAAGUGAAUGGAGGCUAUCAUUACACAUCUAUCCUUAUCUGUCGUCAUGUUACGGGUGCGAUGGGAUGGGUUUCCUCAUUUGGCACUUGUCCUUUCUAUAUCUUGGGGGGGACAGAGCCUUCUCCACUGCCUCCCCACUCUCUGGAAUUUACUCCCCAAACCCAUCCAAGACUGUACAGACCCCCAUUCUUUCAACUCACUCCUAAAAACACACCUUUUUAAAUUGGCUUUUAACCUGUGAACUGUUCUUUUAUUGUCUUUUCAUGUUGUGUCUUUUUUAACCUUCUACAUUAUUGGUUUUAUUUCAGAAAAUUUUCUGUAUUUGAAAUUGUGUUUCUGUCUUUGUAAAGCAUCUUUAAGCACCUGUAAAAGCACAUCAUAAAUAAAAUGUAUUAUUAUUAUUAUUAUUAUUAUUAUUAUUAUUAUUAUUAUAAGGGAACAAGCACCUUAUCUUAAUCUGAAACUGUCAUUCUUGUAAACUACUUGCAGAUAUGAAAUCCUAACAUUCUCCUUUCCUUCCAUCCGUCUCAGUUUCGGUGUGUUGCUGUGGGAGCUGCUGACAGGCGAGGUCCCCUACAGGGAGAUAGACGCUCUGGCGGUGGCUUACGGUGUCGCCAUGAACAAGCUGACUCUUCCCAUACCAUCAACUUGCCCUGAGCCUUUCGCUCAGCUACUGGCAGGUAAGCAGCCGCAAACACUUGGAUGAUGUUAAAGUGGAAAUUUCACACCCUUUUGAUAACCCUAAACCUAAAAACAAGCGGACACCUUUUUUUAAAGUUAUGGGCAACUCUUUUAAUCCUUUUUGAGAGCUGAAAGAAAGGAUGGCGAGUGUGUGAAUGUCUUCAUCAGGCUGCUUUUUCUAUAUACAUUUGCAGCCGUGCGCCUGAGUUCCCAGGAGCUGAAUUUCUCCUGUUCACCUUGAAAAUAAUCCAGCAGCUCAGUGUGAACAGUGGUAGAGUAUUAAAGAGCUCUUGUUUCAGAGUUCAGGUCGUUUCUUUUUGAACACACACACACACCUGUCGUUUUUAAAAUUUCCUUUCUCCAAAGCUCGUGUCUGUGAGGGAGAGUAAGCUGCAGGCCAGGUUUCUAUGUCUAAUAAGAGGAAAGGAGCUGUUUCUUAACUGUCAGGCAAACUUCACUCACCACCCUCCACUUCCCUCCCACUCUACUCCCAAAGCUCUAUUCCUCCUCCUCAUCCUCCACUCCACUCCUCUUCAUCUUAUCCAUGUUCAUCCGCUAAUCUCUCCUUUUUCAUCCCUCGCCGCUCGCUCUCUCCACUCUCUGUUUACUCCUGUCAUCAUCUCACUUUCAUCUCCUCUCGCUCCAACUUUAUCCACUCACUCUUUAUGCUAAUUUGAGGUUACCUAAAUAAAUGUUACCUGCUGGAAACUAUGAAACAGCUCUCCGGUUUACACUUUUGCUCUGCCUUUCCUCGAUGCUUUCCUCAGCAGACGUCUGUGUCUGGUUUCAUGUUGGAGAGGUAGCAGUGAUCAGUGUGCUGCUCAGCAGAUUACUGUAGGUGUGCACCGGGUUUCUGCAACACUGUCGCUCAGGGUUUGGCUCAUGAUGGUCGCCAUAUGCCGUCCCAUCUUGCUCUCUUCCACAUCUCAUGUUGCCUUUUUUUUUACUGCCAGGGAAGAAAAAACUGUCCAGACUAAAAAUUCAAGGUUCACUUGUCUUAGAUUUGUGUUUAUAACCUGUCUGACUGAGACAGAUAUUAUAAGAUAGAUUUUUUCAUAUUGCUUUUUUAUAAAUUAUUUUUAUAUGUCACUUUUUGACACAUGACAACUGAGACUAGAGAUAUUCUUAUUUUUAGUCUGCUAUCAGAUCAUUUAGUAUUAUAGUUCGAGUUUUGAAUUGUUUAAUUUUGAUGUUAUGUUGUUAUGUUUCCGUGAAUUGGCAGUGCAAAUAAGCUGAAGUACUGUAGCAGAGUUUGUCCUAAUUGCAACAUAAAUUAGUCUCUAUUGAUCCUGCGAGAUAAAUUUAAGAAAAGGGGAAAAAAGGAAGUCAGAAAGUGUUUAAAAGAUAUUUGUCUCUAGUAGAUAUUUGGUCAAUGUGUUUAUAGAUAUUUUUUAAGUUUUUAAGAUUGGUGUAUAAUUAUACAUACUAAAAAUAUAUGAACAUACUACUGAGUACUGGUCAAUAUGAUGGAGAUAAGAGUAACAGUAAUAACUUUAGAUUUUGGAUUUAGGUGGUUUUAUGAGAAUUAAGUUUGUAUUUUUUUAGAAAAUAAGAUAAUAAAAAAAAACCUACAUUUAAAGCUCCUGUAGUUUUUUUUUUGAGGAUUAUUUAAUGGUGUAAAAUCAAUACUGAUGCCUCUAUAUGACCUAAAAGCAAUUUAAAAAGACAUAAGUGAAGAUUUUUGAUCAUUUUUGUAGCUAUUUUUAAUCCUUUCAAUGUUGCCUCUGGGUAGCUGUUACAUGAGCCAGUUUAUAUCACGCUUCACUGAUAGCAUUUUUAAAAUUUCCACACCCAAAAUUUAUUAUGACUUACAAAGUAAAUAUUUAAAAUAAAAGAGGAUGAAGUACACCACAGUUAAAAACUCCUUUUUUAUGAGUCUGAAAUGUAAUUCUUUUAAAAUUGACAUUAUUCUGUUGUGAAUUAUGAAAUCAAAAUCAAUUUUCAAUUUCAAAUGCAGAUGAUAAAUACAGAGAAAAGAUGUAAUCCUGCAUCAUCUUUAUUGUAUAACAAUCACAAAUCCAGUACAACAUUUUCCCUCUCCCUGUAUCUUCAUCCUGUGUGCUGCAGAGACUUCUCUUUAGAGCGGUAUUAAAACAUAUCAGUGAGUCACACUGUGGAUUCAGAGUAAAUCCCUCACACGGUGCUCUGCUGCUCUAAAUAUUCACUGGUGCACCGACUGUACACUCGUAUUCUGCUGGAAGUAGUCCCUGUUAUUGGGUUAUCAAACCACAGACCAGCUGUUUGAGCAAAUGAUUGUCUUCAUUAAAACGACGUCUCUGAGGCCGGAUUAGAAAGACUCAGCAUUUUUUAGAGAAAUGUGGGACUAAAUGGGAAAGAAAAGACAAAAGAGGUGUGAUAUUUUCACAACAGUUAUUGACAAGCAAAUCCUGAAUAAAAAAAUCCUUCGUUAGGUGUUUUGUAAAUGUAGUCUGGACCCUAUCUUUUAAAGGUAGUUUUAAAAUGAUAAUUGAUCCAUUAUAAAUUAUUUAAAGUAACUAUGACAAAUAGGGAUGGGAAUAGAGAACCGGUUCUUGCUGAGAACCGGUUCCAAGUGGUUCAAUCCAUGAUUCCCUUAAAGAUUCCUUUCUUCCGGGUGCUUUGGAAAACGGUCUUGUGAGAGGCAGUCUACAUGAACAAGAACAGAAACUUUGAGGAAAAAACAUGGUGGACGGUACAAAAAGUAGGCAGAAACGAUCUAAAGCGGGGCUUCAUUUUACUAAGAAAGACGGCAACAAGUCUUGUAUGGAAGUUUUGAGUUUGUGUAGCGUGGACUAACUGAGUUAUAAGCGCGUAAAAAACACUCAACCCGACGAGAAAAACCCUCAAAAUGUUGUCCUCUUUUUGGAGAUCCAGAGUAUGGUCACCCUGAUUUGACUUUAUACCGACCAAGUAAAUGUUGUUCGAAUAGUUUGUCGUUGAAUUAUUUUUAGACUACAUCUUUAUUCUGUUAUCAAAGACUCAAUAAAAUUUUGAUUUAACAUUGAAAACCUAUAGUCUACUUUUUUUAAAUCAAAGAAAGGCCUUGAUAAGGAAAUCAUUAAAGAAUUCAAUUGAUAAGCAGAAUCUUUAAUGGCAACGAUAUCGAUAAUCAAUCGUAUCAAUUCCCAUCCCUAACGACAAAGAGAACUUUUGGAGAAUAUAUAAACAAUCACUUUCUUCUUGUCUCUCCUUUCAGAGUGCUGGAGCUCAAACCCGCACAGCCGACCGUCCUUCACCAGCAUCCUGAGGAGACUGCUCGCCAUCGAGCAGUCAGCCAUGUUUCAGAUGCCUCUGGAGUCCUUUCACUCGCUGCAGGAGGACUGGAGGCUGGAGAUCCAGCAGAUGUUUGAUGAGCUGCGAGCCAAAGAGAAGGUUAGAAACUGAGAUUUGAGUAAAACAUGCAGGUUUUGAAAUUUAGUCUCUGGUCUGUAGAGGAACAUUCAUGUUGAAGGUGUGAGGAAUCUCAACAUUUCACUUUCUCUGAGGUGUUUCUGCAAAUCAGGAUUACCUUAGCAACAUUAUCUUAGCAACAAGCCCGCUGCCAGAGGAGGUGUGAAAGGAGGUGCUGACGUGCCAAUAACCUCUUCAUCUCCUCUUCUUUUCUUCUUCUCCUCGUCAUCGCCUUCUCUCCUUCUAUUUUUACUCCUUCCUCUUAUCAUUUCUUCUCCUUUAUUUUCUCCACAUCCUCAUUUUGCCUCACCUUUCUUCACCUCCUGCCACCCUACUUAACUUUUCUCCCUUUUUCUUUUCCCCUUCUUUCCUUUUUCUCUCCUCGCCUUCUUCAACUGUUUUCCUUCCUUUCCUUUACUUCUCCGCUCUAUCUUCUCCUCUUUCUUUCAUUUUUCCUUCCCGUUUCCUCCUCCUUUUCUUCCUGUCUUUCUUCUACUUUUUCCCCCUCCUCAUAUCUUCUCCUUUUUAAAAUCUUUUAACUUUUUGUUCUUUUCUUUUAUAACCAACCUAUCUAUCCCCUUCUCACCUCACCUCCUCACCUGAUCAUCCUCUCCUCUUGCUCCUCUUCUCUUACUUCCUCUUCUUACCUCUCCUAUCUCCUCUCCUCCUCAUCUUUCCUCCUUCCCUACAGGAGCUGAGGUCCUGGGAGGAGGCGUUGGCCCGAGCCGCCGAGGAGCAGAGGGAGCAGGAGGAGCAGCUGAGGAGGCGAGAGCAGGAGCUGGCGGAGAGAGAGAUCGACAUCGUGGAGCGAGAACUGAACAUCAUCAUCCACCAGGUGUACCAGGAGAAACCCAGCGUGAAGAAGAGGAAGGGCCACUUCAAGAAGAGCCGCCUGCUGAAGCUCGGCAGAGACAGCAACUGCAUCAGUCUGCCCUCUGGUGGGUGAAAGAGAAACUGCACUCUUGGUCCAAUAAUAUAAACAUUUGGGCACUUAGUUUGAGUAAAUAAUCCAACCUGGUGGUAAAGAUGAAGAAUUACUGUCAAAUUCAGCUUUAGGAGCCUGCAAAAUAGUAAAAAGUUUCAGUUUAACAGUGCUUUACAAAGUUAUUCUGUUUUAUUAAAAAAUAUAUAUAAUUUCAGAUUGAAGUCGUGUUUUUUUACUGUAAUUCUGAGAUUUCACACUCUGAAUGUUUGUGCAUUUACUCACUGUCAGCUCUCAAUGCAAAUUUUAUGAUUUCUUAAGAGCAGUUGAUCUCUUUGAUAGAUGAUUUAGACAAAUAAGAGAUAUUUGCACAUUUUCUGGACUGAUAAGAAGAAGGUUUUGUUAUUUCCACUUAAUGAACUAAGAAACAAAGUGACAGAAGAAGCAUUGAUUCAGCAUCUCUUUACAUAAAAAUCAAUAUCACGUAUUGAACAUUAUCUCACUCGCAGGCUUUGAGCAUAAGAUCACAGUCCAGGCGUCUCCCAGCGUCGACAAGAGGAAGACCCAGGGCAGCGAGAGCACCACCCCCCCUGCCAGCCCUGGCGUCAUACCCCGACUCAGAGCCAUCAGACGUGAGUAAAAACAGUCCGGAUCGAUCGAAGCGUCCCGUGGGAGGGGUUGGGAGGAAUGUCAUUUGAGGUUUCUCUCUGUCUCACAGUCACACCCAGUGAUGGCAGUAAAACUUGGGGUCGCAGUGCCGUUUGUAAGAAAGAAGACCUGACGGCCAAUAAGAAGAAGGGGCGCACCUGGGGACCGAGCUCCACCCACCAGAAAGAGAGAGUGGGCGGGGAGGAAAAGUAAGACUCCUUUCAUUUACAUCCACUUAUUAUUUGAUUCAUAUAAUAACUAAUAAUUAUACUCAAACAAAAGUGUAGCUACAUAGACAAAUGUUGCAGAAACAUCAUCAGUGAUCAAAAAGGUGAGAUACAACAACAACAACAAUAAUGGUCCUCAUAGAAACAGAGAGGCUAAAAUUGGAUCAUUAGUUUGUUUUCGCUCCACUCACAGUGAGACGGAGUGGGUUAUCACAGUUAUCACAGGCAAGAGAAAAACAACCUUUUCUCAUAUAUUUCUGGACAGAUUGUUACUCCCCCCAAAAUAGAGAAACAAAACCCUGUCAAUCAAUUUCUCAUUACAGAGUGUGAACCGGUGAGAAGCAGAGAUAAUAUCUGUGGAGGAAAAUCCAUGUCGUGUUCGACGGUUGUUUUUGUGUGACGUGAACCUUUUGGACCCUCAUCUCUGUAUGUCUGAGAACAUCAUUGUAGCACUUUGUUGCUUAAUUUAGUGUGUGUGUGUGUGUUUGCAGGCUAAAGUCGUUAGGUGAAGGAAGCAAAGUUUGGUCAUCAAGUGCACCAAAUUUAGGAAAAUCCCCCAAACAUGCACCUAUGACAGCUGGUUUCUCAAGUCUCAAUGAAAUGGGUGAGUUUUUUUCUCAUAUAAAAAAGUUUUCAUGCAGUUAGCGAUGAUAACUUCAUCUUAAGCUGAUUCACUUCUGUCAAACAGAGGAAUUCUGCGAGUUCGAAGAGUCUCCAGGGUCCCUGCAGCCUUCAGAGACCAGCAGUAAUGGGGCAGUGGAGGACUCGGGGUCCCUAUGGGGCGGCCUGAGCACGAACACGUUACCUGCAGUCAGUGGUUCCUGUCAGGGGCCCGGCAGUGCGGGGACAGCAGCGAGCUACCAGGACUCACUGCGCCGCAGCAGCCAGAGGAAGAAGAGCGACAUGCUGCUGCUGGGCUGUGCCUCUCUGCUCGCAUCUGUCGCCCUUGGACAAGACCUGCUGCAGCUCGGGAAACUACAGGUGAGACAGAAACCAACAGAGAGCAGAAAGCAUAAAUAAAUUAGUUAAUAUAUGUAUAAAUAUGACUCUGUAUGUACUGUUGAUGAGGUUAGGUGCUGUUCUGAGCAUUAUUUGUGGCUAUGAGUGGCGUUUUGGUUGUGGUUUGCACGUAGAGACGCAGACCGCUGUGUAUUGCUAUCUUGUGGUCAUGACUAAGGUUGGUGUAACUCAGUGGUUCUCAAGUCAAGUCCUCGAGGCCCACUGUCCUGCAUGUUUGGAUGUCUCUCUGCUCCGACACACCUGAUUCAAAUGAUCAGCUCGUUAUUAAGCCAUUACAGAGCCUGAUAACGAGCUGAUCAUUUGAAUCAGGUGUGUUGGAGCAGAGAGACAUCCAAACAUGCAGGACAGGGGGGCUCGAGGACUGGACUUGAGAACCACUGGUAUAACUAGAGAAGCAAGCGGUCGGCAAAAAGGGAUGUCUCACUCUGUGUUACGGUGUGUUUGGCCAUGACUUAAACUUAUGCAGGAAUAUCCCUUUAAGGGGAUAUUGAUAAACAUCAGUUUACUUGUGCUAGAAGUCUGGAGCUCAGCACUACGUCCUUUUUAGUUUACACAUAUAUCGCCAAUAUAAGCAUCUCCAAAUGCUUCAGGCGUAUGCUGUCACUGUUUCAAUCAGAUCUGCCUUUAAAUAUCACCGCUGCGUCUGAUUAAUACGUUAAAGUCAAUUCCUAAAAAGCUGACCAGGCUGAUUGAUUUUUCAAGCUUGUUGUCACAAAGUGGAGUUAAACAAAAAGGGGAAGAAUCCAAGUGCAGGACCAAAAUGAUUUAUUUCAAAAUGAACUAAAUAAAAAGCAACAAAAACUUACUUAUAAAUGUCCAACUCAAAAAAUCCAAAAUCAAAUAAAGGCACUGAGGGAAAAACCACACGGAGACACUGGAGAAACUGACACGCAGACUAACAACACAAAUUCACAACGAACCAAAAACGAAACAGGGGAAGACUGGGGCUGUACACACACACGGGGAAACAAGCAACGAGAGGCAGGUGAGACACAGAGACACAGGUGAAGACAAUUACUAAGGAGGAAAAACUGAGGAAGUAAAACAAGACUAGAAACACAGGGAAUAAACUACUACAAAAUAAAACAGGAAACACUGAAAACUGAUAGAAUAAAAUACUGAGAACAUGAGGGAAACAGGGUCGGACACAAACUGAAAACUCACAGGACAAGACUAGAGGGGAACAGGAACAAUAGGACACAGAAACACGAUGGAAAAUACACUCAAAUCACAGGGAAAAACUCAAUAAACAGAACAUAUCGUGACGCUUGUGUGCAAACAAGAAAUCCCAUACAGGAUAUUAAAGUUUUCAUUUAUGGUAAAUUAACUUUAUUCAAUUACAAAGCUUUCAAUCCAGCCGAGUAAUAGUACCAGAGGUGUGACUCAGAUCACCUGCUCAGCCUCCAGAUGUCAGACUGAUAGAUCACCUUCAGGAUGGGAUGAAACAGGAUGUACAAGCUGCCAAAUUAUCAGCAGGAAAUGAGUGCUGCUGUCGAGUCAGCAAGGAUCAAGGUCUGCAUGGAUGCUUUCCAGCACCUUGUUGACUCUGUGUUUCAAGAGUUUCUGUCUGUUAUCAAAGAAAAAGAGUGUAAGUCAAGAUGGACAAAGAAAUUGAGACGUUAGGUCAUGAUCAUUUGUCGUAUGGGGGGUGAAGUAGGAGUUAUUGUCAAAGAAAAAAGGUAGUGUUUUUGGGUGGGAGAAUCAUGUUUUUGACUUGUGCUUAUGUUUCGUUCAGGUGCUUCAAGACGAGCAGGACCUCAAAGAGGAGCAGCGGAAGAAGAAGGAGGGUAUCUUCCAGCGGACGGGACGUUUCCGUCGCAGCACCUCCCCGCCCAGCAGAAACCUUUCCCUCUCCCUCUCCAGACAUCACGACUCCACCCUCCCCUGCUUGGAUCCCUCCCCCUCCGUCACACUCCUCUCCCUUUCCUCUCUGUCCGACUGCAACUCCACGAAGUCCCUCCUCCCAUCAGACCCAGACGAGUAUCCCCUGACCCCGGUGACAAGGAUCAAAACUCCAGCAGCGACACCUGCUCCCGCCCUCAACCCACUCUUGGACCUUCGGGCGGAGAGCUUUAAGAAGGAGCCCAACCAGUCACUGACACCCACCCAUGUGUCUGCAGCGAUGGCCAUGAACAGAGGACACAGACGGACCCCUUCAGACGGGGCGAUUCGACCCCGUGCUCAGACACUGGGACACCACAGGACGCCAUCAGAUGGGAGCAUGCCGAUGCCACCACCACCUGGAAUGCACCUCAAGACUCCAAACAAAGGUACACUGACUCAUCGUGUAAACAACGUGUCGUCCAGAACUUAUGGAGAUGUUUUCACUUUUUAUGAUUUAUCGAUUCUUCAUGUUUAACUGUAAAAUAACUUCUGACAUAUUGCUUUAACCCUCCUCCUGUCUUAGGGUCUGCACUGACCUGUUUUUGAUUUUAAAUGCUUAAAAGAACCACUUAAUUUAGCUUUUUUGCAUUAAUACUUUUUGACUUUGUCAGGAACCUCUAUUUCAACAAAAUAAAAAUGAAAAAUUUAAAUUGACUAAGUUAUAAAAUGCUCUUAUUUUUAGGGUUUGAGGGUCGCUGUUGACCCGGUUAGAUCAAUAUUUAAUAGUUAGAGCAAAAACUGAAAUCACAAGUGCACUAACAGGCACCACACUGACAGUCAGAUCCUCUUUCAAUCAUGUGAGAUUUAGGAAAUUCUCAUUUUUCCAUGUUUUCUCUGCACAAAAAACGACAUCAGGCAUGUCCAGACAUGUGAAAUCAGUUCAGUAUAGAUGUCUGUGUGAGGGGUAAACUGAAAGACCCAGAAGAAAGACCCGGAGGCCCGCAACAAAAACUAUUAUAAGCAAUAUUUUGAUGGAUAAUGAAUCCUAACAAGGUAACCUAGAGAUGAGAACAAAAUUUGGAUGAUAGAGAAUUGUUUUUAGUGUAAUUUACAGCUGAUUGAAGACGAGUCAGAACCGACCCUUAACAUGGUGGGUGCGUAGUAAAAGCUAACACAGGAGGAAGGAUAAAGGAAGGAGAAAAAAAUAAGUUGAUAUAGUAACAAAACACUUUUAUGUGCACACACACAGUCUCUGUCGAACAAUCAUAGUUUUAUUCCUGUAAUAUUAGCUGAAGUAUGACUUCCAGGUUUAUUUAUUUACAGGUUUAUUUAUAAAGCACAUUUAAAAAAACAAAAACACUGAGCAAAGUGCCGUACAGUAAAAAUUAAAAACCAUAAAAACAGACAAUUAACACGAACAAUAAAACAAAGAGACAGGAAGACAUUAAAAACAGGGGGACAAAACAAACAUAAACUGAAACCUCUCUAUCUCUUGCAUUUCAUCCAGGUACACCAGACAGCCUGGACUUCCCUCGCCUUCCAGACCCCGCCACCUUUUUCCCAGUCCCACAGCGACGCAAAGCCCCACCUCCUCCUGUCUCUGACUCUCAUCCGCUCUGCCUCAUCAGUCCUUUGGAGAGACCUAAGACUCUUGAAUUCGCACCCCGCCCGCGGCCCACCCCGGCCAGGAUGAGAGCCGACCCUUGGAAGCUGGGCUCUCUCUCCCGGACCCUGAGCUCGUCCCCGGGCAGCAGCUGCGACAGCCCCCUCGGUUCUGGGGACAGCAGCAGCGCUGGCACCACACGACCGAACCUGAUGGACAUGGACGUAGAGGGCCAGAGCUCGGACCAUACUGUCCCUCUGUGUGGACAGCGGCAGCCUGCCACACUGUGUGGACAACAAUACUCUUAGUGACAAACAGCAAACCUGCUUUUUCUGGAUACAAACCUGAAUCAGGACAAAAGAGCUUGGGCUGAGAAACAAAUCAGCAGUUUUCUUUGAGUACAUGCUGAGAACGGGAAGCUCACCAGUGUUAAAACGCUGUACUGUUUCAUUCCAGUUUGUAAGAUACACAGAAAGUAGUGUGAACGUAAGAAAUGAAAUCCUGAAAUUUCACAUUAGGUCACUCCAAAGACACCCUGAGCAACAGAUUUCAAAAUCUGUUACACAAAUCAGUAAUAAUGAUUAUCGGAUUUUCUGAAUCCUCAGACUUGCAUCCUUGAACGCAGCAGUACACCAUCACAGCAGAAUCAGAGCUUCCCACCCUGAGCGUGACCCCAAAGGAAAACGGCUCCUGUGCGAAUACGGUCAAUGCCUACUGUUGUCUGAGCCGAGCAAAGUGCACUCACUGAAAACAGAAAACCCCACUUCUUGUCAUGCUUUUGACUCUUAAUGGAAGCUGUUGCUCUCAUGUGUCCUAUAAGUAAGGUGUGAACCUUUCAGCUCUCUAACCCGAGGCUCCUCCAAGGCCUUUUAUAAUCUCUCACAGCACUUCUGUCCCUCCUUGGAAGCCAUCCCAACCUGCUUCUUAGUGCCCCUUUGACCAGGUUGUAUCUCCUAAAAGACCUUCAAAAAGCCAUCCAAGUACUUAAAAAGCCACUUUUUGACUUAGCUAAUCGCUCAUUUCACCUGCUUGUGCUUUUGCUCGACUGCUUUUCUGCUUGCACUCACAAAAACGUUUGUUCACAUUUUUACCUAUCCGUCAAAAAAGAGGAGCUGGACUGUGUAAGGUUUCGUUAGAGUGUCUUUGUUUGUUAUUUUGCACGCCGUUUCCUCUGCAGGUGCACAGACAUCUCCCCCUAAACCCUCCACAUGUGUCAUUUCUCCGCACGAGAAUCAUCGUCCUCUUUCCCUCCAAGGCUAAAACAGAAAAAAACCUUCUCAUGACUUGGUUUUCUUCUCCGCCUUCUUCUCUUCUCGUUCAGAUUUCAUUUUCUCAAUACUAGCACCUUUCCUGCAGCGGCCUGUUGCGAAACGUUUUUCUAUUGGUGUGGCAGACCAGGUGUGUUUCUGUCCGUGUGGGUAUGUGUAUAUAUUCCUGUACAUGUAUGGACGAACAAAACUGGGCUGUUUUUUUAUUUGCGUGCUGGUGCUUUUUCAGUGCAUGUUGUUUUACGUGUGAAUGCUGUUUCACUCUUUCAAAAUAAGAGCACGUUUCAUCUGUUCGUCAGUUAUUUCGGGGAGGGAAAUCCUCACUAGCAGCCAGUAGCACUUUGUUUGGAUCCCGUUUCCGCCACUGAAAUGGACACAAACAGAAAGGGGGACUCUGAGGAGACCUCGGACUGUUUGGAUGCUUCGUAUCCUCCUCUGGUGGCACUUUUUUGGAGCCAUGUUGUGCAAGCUAACGGUCUCUCUGUGGACUCUAUUCACAGCCGACAAAUCAAUUUUUAUCUGCUGAGUUGUUUUUUUCGCACAGUGGACAGUGCUCCUUACUUGACAGUGCAAAUUUCUCUAGGUGAGUAUGUGCGUGUGUGCGUGUGUGUCUGAAAAUGUGUAUAUAUCGUUAUUUGUAUGGGAUGAUGACAAUCCCGUGGGUUAAAGAGUGAGCCCAAACUCAUUCUCCUCGUGUGGUUAAGAACACUGAGUAUUUAUUAAAUUUAUUGUUAUUAUUGGAAAGGAUUUAUUAUUAUUAUUAUUAUUAUUAUUACUACUACUACUACUACAAUGCUCUCCCUGGGAUAUCUGUAUAUAUUUGUUAAUAUAACAGGAGAAAAAAAAACCUGAGAAAGUGAAACAUCCAUGUUGUCUCCAGUCUCAACCUGUGACAUUUCUGGGUUCAGUGAGGAAAAAGUGUGAAAUGUGAUGAAUGAGACGAAUAAAAAACAACCAACAAACAAAGAUGAUUCAGUCAGACAGUGGUACAUCUGUUUUUUUGGGGGGGAUUAUUGAUGUCCAUUAAAUCAAUGAAGCAUG